CCGCGAGAAGGAUGGAGCUGGGCUGGUGGUCACAGCUGGGGCUCACGUUCCUGCAGCUCCUUCUCAUCUCGUCCUUGCCGAGAGAGUACACAGUCAUUAAUGAAGGCUGCCCUGGAGCUGAGUGGAACAUCAUGUGUCGGGAAUGUUGUGAAUACGAUCAGAUUGAGUGUGUCUGCCCUGGCAAGAAGGAAGUGGUGGGUUAUACCAUCCCUUGCUGUAGGAAUGAGGAGAAUGAGUGUGACUCCUGCCUGAUUCACCCAGGUUGCACCAUCUUUGAAAAUUGCAAGAGCUGCCGGAAUGGCUCGUGGGGGGGCACUCUGGACGACUUCUAUGUGAAAGGAUUCUACUGUGCAGAGUGUCGUGCAGGAUGGUACGGAGGCGACUGCAUGCGAUGUGGCCAGGUUCUUCGAGUCCCAAAGGGUCAGAUUUUGUUGGAGAGCUAUCCCUUAAAUGCUCACUGUGAAUGGAUCAUUCACGCCAAACCCGGGUUUAUCAUCCAAUUAAGAUUUGUCAUGUUGAGUCUGGAGUUUGACUACAUGUGCCAGUAUGACUACGUUGAGGUCCGUGAUGGAGACAAUAGCGAUAGCCCAAUUAUCAAGCGUGUCUGUGGCAAUGAGCGGCCAGCUGCCAUCCGGAGCUCGGGCUCCUCGCUGCAUGUCCUCUUCCAUUCUGAUGGCUCCAAGAAUUUUGAUGGCUUCCAUGCCAUUUUUGAGGAGAUCACAGCAUGCUCCUCAUCCCCUUGUUUCCAUGAUGGCACCUGCCUCUUAGACAAAACUGGCUCUUACAAGUGUGCCUGCCUGGCAGGCUACACUGGGCAGCACUGUGAACAUCUUCUGGAGGCUGAGGCGCCCAAGAUCAAGACCCCGGAAGAUUCAUUGUCUGCCGUCGAAGAAAGAAACUGCUCAGAUCCUGGGGGGCUAGUCAAUGGGUACAAGAAAGUAACAGGAGGCCCUGGACUUACCACUGGGCACCAUGCAAAGGUUGGCACCACUGUAUCCUUCUUUUGUAACAACUCAUAUGUUCUUAGUGGCAUUGAGAAGAGGACUUGCCAGGAGAAUGGAGAGUGGUCAGGAAAACAGCCCACCUGCAUAAAAGCCUGCCGAGAACCAAAGAUCUCCGAUCUGGUGAGAAGGAGAGUUCUUCCAAUGCAGGUUCAAUCAAGGGAAACACCAUUGCAUCAACUCUACUCUGUAGCCCUCAGCAAGAAAAAACUCCAGGAUGCCCCAACCAAGAAGCCAGCUCUUCCCUUUGGAGACCUACCUCCUGGGUAUCAACAUCUGCACACCCAGCUCCAGUAUGAGUGCAUCUCGCCCUUCUACCGGCGCCUGGGGAGCAGUCGCAGAACAUGUUUGAGGACUGGGAAGUGGAGUGGGCGGGCCCCGUCCUGCAUCCCAGUCUGUGGGAAAAUUGAGAACGCUACUUCUCCAAAGACUCAAGGGACACGCUGGCCGUGGCAGGCAGCCAUCUACAGGAGGACCAGCGCAGGCCAGGAGGGUGGCCUGCACAAGGGUGCCUGGUUUCUGGUCUGCAGUGGUGCCCUGGUCAAUGAGCGCACUGUGGUAGUUGCCGCCCACUGUGUUACUGACCUGGGGAAGAUCACCCUCAUCAAGACAGCAGAUCUCAAAGUCGUCUUGGGGAAAUUCUACCGGGAUGAUGAUCGGGAUGAAAAGACCAUCCAGAACCUUCGGAUUUCUGCUAUCAUUCUGCAUCCCAACUAUGACCCCAUCCUGCUUGAUGCUGACAUUGCCAUCCUGAAGCUCCUGGACAAGGCUCGCAUCAGCACCCGCGUCCAGCCCAUAUGCCUUGCAGCCCCCCGAGACCUCAGCACAGCCUUUCAGGAAUCACAGAUCACCGUGGCUGGCUGGAACAUCCUGGCAGAUGUCAGGAGCCCUGGCUUUAAGAAUGACACGCUCCACUCAGGGGUGAUGAAGGUGAUAGAUUCACUGUUGUGUGAGGAACAGCAUGAAGAUCAUGGAAUCCCAGUGAGUGUCACUGACACCAUGUUCUGUGCAAGCCGGGACCCUGGUGCCCCUUCUGACAUCUGCACCACAGAGACAGGAGGCAUUGGAGCCAUGUCCUUCCCAGGCAGAGCAUCCCCUGAGCCACGCUGGCAUCUGGUGGGACUGGUCAGCUGGAGUUAUGACAAAACAUGCAGUCACAGCCUCUCCACAGCCUUCACCAAAGUUCUUCCUUUUAAAGACUGGAUAGAAAGAAACAUGAAAUGAGCUGUCUGCUGGCCCAUGGAGAAGCUUUUCCAUGUACCCAUCUCUGUGUGCGUGUGUGUAUGCUGCACAGCACAUGGGGAUCUGAAGUGUAAUUUUGCCUGUGAUCUUGGCUUAGCCAGGACUUUCGAGUCAAGGGACCCCGCUCAGUGGAAGAAGAGUAGAGUUGAGUUUCUAGAGCCCACAACCUUUAUGAAUGUUUGGACAAUCAUUUGCAGAUAUCAAGGCUUGCAAGGACUGGGCUUGUUCGAAGAAGGACAUGAGAACAGAAAAGAGAAAACCUCCACAUUCAGUUGGCCUGGUGGUCUUCCCUCCUUUCUGUCAUGUGAAUGUCCUGGUCAGCUUUGGUUGGUGGAGAGCUGACCUGAGGAGAUCUUGGCUUCACAGGGCCUCUUUUGAGGUUCCAACGAGACCAAGUUCAAGGAGCUGCCUGCAGUGCAGCUUUGCAUAGCAGAGUUUGAACUUGAGACAUGCUUUUUCUGUACAUUGCCAAAGUACAAUCUGGCCCUGAUCUGUUCCAAUUUCCUGGACACCUUUUAAUAAAACAAAGGUUAGCUUCUGACCC